AUGGAAGAACCAACGGACGAUGCCAUCCAAGAGCUUAGGUGGCAACUGGAAAGCGCAGCAAUAAAAUGCUCAGAGCGUUGUCUCUAUCAAUCGGCAAAAUGGGCCGCCGAAAUGCUCGAUUCUCUCCGGAGUCUACAUCAUGAAGACACCGAUAUCGAAUCGCCCAUGGACAUCAAUGAACUUGCACCACCGCCUCCCAACCCUUACCUACCCGUGCGGGACAUAGCAGAAGCUAGCCUUGAAGCGCAAGAGUCCUACAAAUACCUUCUGGCCAAAUCCUACUUCGACACUCGCGAAUAUGACCGCUGUGCGGCCGUGUUCCUUCCUCCAACGACCCCACCUGUUCCUUUGUCGGUCACCUCACCCAACUCUAAAUCCAGACAACAACGGGCCUCAAACAAGGGCAAGGAUAAGACAACGCCAUUCCAAGGCUCGAAGGCUCAAACGCACCAGAAUCCGUAUCCCAGACUCAGCCAAAAAUCACUAUUUCUCGCCCUGUAUGCCAAAUAUCUAGCUGGAGAGAAGCGAAGAGAGGAGGAAACAGAGAUGGUCCUAGGUCCAGCAGACGGUGGGAUGGCGGCCAAUCGGGAAUUGCCAGGCCUAGCGCGAGGGCUAGAUGGGUGGUUGAAGGAUCGAAGCGCACAAGGCUUGGAAGAUCAAGGUCAAGGAUGGUUGGAGUAUCUAUACGCCGUUGUUCUGUUGAAAGGACGCAAUGAGGAGCUAGCAAAGAAAUGGCUUCUCCGCUGUGUGCAUCAGAACCCAUACCACUGGGGCGCUUGGCAGGAAUUGAACGAUCUUCUGGCUAGCACAGAGGAUUUGAAACAAAUACUUGGCUUGCUCCCGCAGAAUGUCAUGAGCAUCAUAUUUUACGUUUACUGCAGCCAGGAGCUGUACCAGGAUACGGAUGAGACUUACAGAGCCUUGACCGAACUGGAGUCUACGUUCCCGGAGAGUGCAUUCUUAAAAACACAGCGCGCAUUACUCUGUUAUCAUUCAAGAGGUAACCCCCUGACUUCCCAGAUUGUCAUUCAGCGUCUUUUUCCUGACACGAUACAACCAGACUUUGAGGAGGCAUCCAAAAUAUUUGAAGGCAUCCUGGCAACAUCACCCCACCGCCUAGACAGCCUCGAUCACUAUUCAAACAUUCUUUACGUGAUGGACCAUCGACCUCAACUUGCCUUCGUUGCUCAGGUCGCAACCGCUACGGACAAAUUCCGUCCCGAAACCUGCUGUGUUGUCGGAAACUACUACUCUUUGAAAUCUGAGCACGAGAAGGCAGUAAUGUACUUCAGACGUGCACUCACCCUUGACCGCAACUUCUUGUCUGCCUGGACCCUUAUGGGCCAUGAAUACAUUGAGAUGAAAAAUACGCACACGGCCAUUGAAUCGUACCGUCGUGCUGUCGACGUCAACCGCAAAGACUACCGUGCCUGGUACGGUCUUGGACAGGCCUACGAAGUCUUGGACAUGUCAUUCUACGCCUUGUUCUACUAUCAACGCGCGGCUGCACUACGUCCAUACGAUCCAAAGAUGUGGCAGGCAGUGGGCUCUUGCUAUGCGAAAAUGGGCCGGAUAGAACAAAGUAUCCAAGCCCUCAAGCGCGCACUGGUGGCUGGAUCAUCUCACACAGAUGAUGGCGGCAACGCUACAAACUUUGGUCCUGGAUCUCGGAAAAUUCUCGACCCAGAAACCCUUCAUCAAAUCGCAACAUUGUACGAGCGACUUGGCGAUGAGGACGAAGCCGCCGCGUACAUGGAACUCACUCUGCAACAAGAGUCUGGUGCUCCUCCUGGCGAGGAGAAUAGCGACGAAGAAGAUUCCUCGUCUUCCUCGGAACGGACCACUCAUAGCGAUGCCGAGAUUGAGCAUUCAGAGGACGAAGAUGUUGAUACCUCGCGGAGACGCCGCCAGAAUCGCAAGGCCCGUGCCAAGACCGAGUCGUACGGUAUCCAAAAUGAUGACUCGAUCAACAGUGAGUCGUGGCACGGUACUGGCGUCACUGCAACCACUUCCAAAGCAAGGCUGUGGUUGGCACAGUUCGCAUCAAGGAAUGGUGACCUAGACCGUGCAGACCAACUGGCGAGCGAGUUAUGUCAGGAUGGUAUCGAGGUGGAGGAGGCCAAGGCGUUGAUGAGAGAUGUGCGGGCGAGAAGAGAAGACGCAGGCUAG